AUGGCGGUAUGCGACAAGUGGGUCGCGCUCAAGAUAGUAGAGUUCGCGAUGUGCGUGGCGUGCCUGGUCGCCAAGCGGAUCUCCGCGGACGACGAGGCUCGGUUGGCGCUGCUGCUGCAGAAGCUGUCGAGGGAGUGGUCUCUGCUGACUUCGGUCACGUGGGACUCCGUGGGGGGCGCCUUCGCCGACGCCGUGUACGGAGGUUAUGUGAUUAUAACAUUCGGGUUAAUAGUGGCGCGAGUAUUCCAAGAGAUCCCGCGGGGGAGGCGCAUUCUGGAAGGCAUCUUCCUCGGUUUCGGUAUGCUGUUCUUCCUUGUCCUGGGCGGACUGGAAUUGGCUUCGCUGGACUCCAUACCGAGGAACUUGGUGGUGAACGCCUCGGUCCUCGGCUCGUUCUCUCUCGCGGUCGCCGCGCUGUUCCUGCUGGACCUGAUGGGGCCGAGGGCCUAUUUCGCCAGCCACCACGCUCAGACCGACGCCAUCACUUCGCCGAGGCCGGAGAAGAAGGUCUCCAUAGCGACCCCGCCUAUCGUCAACGGCGGCCUGGCCAACGGAAAGUCCAACGGCCACGUUCCCGUCGACCGACCGAAAGACCUAGAUCUCGAGAAGAGUGACAAAGAAGAGAAGCUUAAGAAAGCGAACCAGACCGAUCUGUUCGACGAGCCCGACGGCGGUUUCGCGAAAACCGAGGACGCCGUCGAGAGGGUUCUGGAAAAGUCGAAGUACGGCUCACUGCGCAACAGUUUGGGACACGAGAACUAUGUGAAACUCUCGGAGCCGCUCGCCGAGCCGGAUCGUUUGCACUACGAGAUGGAGCUGGCCAAAUUCAACGAGAGAUACUUCAGGGAUUACCUCGAUAGGAUAGACGGAAAGCUCUCCGUCAGGGAGGACUAUCUGCCGGAGCUGCAGACGCCGGUCUUCUCGAAGGUGAAGACCGGCAGGCUGAAGAGUCUUUACGACGACGUGUCGCCGACGUACGAACAGAAGAGGCAGUCGAAGUCCCCUUCGAGAGCGAAGACCGUCUCCAGCCCCACGCUGCAGCAGCUGGAGGACUAUCUCCGCGGCUCCACGAGGUCCAGGCGAUCGGAGACUCCGGCGCUGUUCCCAAUGGAGCCGAUCGAGGAGAGAGACAGGGAGGGGGCGGAGGUGGAGGGCCGCGCCUCUGGCACUCCCACCGACCCCGGCUACGUCCAGUACACGGCCGGCAGGUGGCCGGAGAAGAGAGAAAUCAGGACUCCGCGACACAGCCCCACU